AUUCCAUAGCUCCACUGUACAUGUAGUCUAGAUCAGUAGAUGCUCUAGCUGCCAAGCGAACGCGUAUUUAUUUUGCUUGGAUUGGGUAAGCUGCUUUGCAAUUUCUCAUCUGGCCUUACUGCCCUUAGUUCAAGGCUUACUCUGCAGUCUCUGGAUAUGGCUGACGAAAUGAAUCCUGAUACGCCUCCGCCGAUGCGGACCCGUAGUGUCAGUGCGGAGGGAGAGAGUCUAUAUACAAUGCUGGACGUAGCACAAGACGCAACGCAGAGCGACAUUUCUAAAGCUUAUCGGAAACUUGCAUUGAAACACCACCCGGACAAGAAUCCUGACAAUGUAGACUUUGCCAAUACGAAAAUCAAGGAGCUGAACGAUGCAUAUGCGGUACUGAAGGACCCGACCAAGAGGAAAAUCUAUGACCACUGGGGAUCAUACGGAUUGGAAGCGGCCAAGAAGUUCGGAGAUGAUUUCGUCUUAUCCACGAUCAAGAUGGAUAACUGGUGCAUGAAGGCUCUCGUGGGAUUCUGCUGCAUCAUCACUGGAUGCUGCUGCUGCUGUUGCCUGUGCUGCUGCUGCGGCCAGUGCUGCCAAGGAAAGGCGGGAGAGGGUGAUGGCGAGGGCGCGGAUAUCCCAAUGGAGGUGUUCCAGGAAGGAGAUGGACAAAAUGGUAGCACUCCUGAUGACCAUGUCGUAACUUCAGAACCGGUUUGAGCAACUCACAAAGCUUAUUCCCGGUAUGCUUGAGGUCCGUUCCAGCUAGCACCACGCUCCGUUCCCGAUGGCUGAUGUGAAGUUGCCAGCCGGAAACUGUCCAAGCUUGUUGAUCAUUUGCUGUCACAAUCUGUCGGAUGUCAGUUGCCC